UAUACAUAAAAAAAUUGUUGUCAUAGUAUCCAAAUUUUUAUUUUUAUUAUUUAUUUUCGUUUAUUUGUAUAAAUAUAAUGAAUACGCUGUAAAAAAAUCAUGUGUGGCAAUUACUAAUACUAUUAGCAUAUCUUAUUAUUUGCUUUCAUAAUGGGAAUCAUAAGUACAAAAGAUACUCGACGCAUUAGUUUUGAUAAUACAUUUACCAUUAUCCCUGCAAUAGCUCUUCAAAAAUCUAUCGAGGAAAAGACAUUCGCAGAAAUAGGAAAUAUAAUCAAUGAUAGAUCAUCUUAAAAAGGAACAUAACACAAUUAAUAAAAUUAUUGAAUCUGAAUACGAGACAACCAUAGACAAUGCUAACAAAAUUUUUGAACCACCGAAGGUAACUCAUGAAAGAGUGCAUAAAGUGAAACCAUGUUUUGAUUGGCGAGCUAAACCACCAGACAUACAUGAUUUCACUAUUAUAAAACCAAUCAGUCGAGGUGCAUUUGGGAAAGUAUUUCUUGCCCAUAAGAAGAGUAACAAAGAACAAAUGUAUGCAAUCAAAGUAAUGAAGAAAUCUGAUAUGAUUAAUAAAAAUAUGGUAGCACAAGUUGUAACUGAAAGAAAUGCACUGGCUUUAUCUCGUAGUCCAUUCUGUGUGCAUUUAUUUUAUUCAUUACAGUCUGUAUCCUCAGUAUAUCUGGUUAUGGAAUAUAUGGUUGGUGGUGAUUUAAAAUCAUUGUUAGGUGUUUAUGGGUUUCUUGAAGAAGCUAUGGCUAUUUUUUAUGUAGCUGAAGUAACAUUAGCUCUGGACUAUUUACAUAAGCACAAUAUAGUGCAUAGGGACCUGAAACCAGACAAUAUGUUAAUAUCAAAAUCAGGUCAUGUGAAACUUACAGAUUUCGGUUUAUCCAAAAUUGAAAUACAUAGAGAUUUAGAAAUAUCAGACUUUGUUAACCGAACUCCAAGUUUAAACAUGAGGACUCCAGGGCAACUCCUGUCUUUGACAUCUCAUCUAUCAUUUGGCUCGGGAGGAGGUGAAAGUAUGCAAAACUCUGUUAUUUAUGCAGAUGCCUGUGAGAACCUACUUGAUGAACUUAAGGAAACUAGCAAAUUAAAAGAUGAGCUUGGUGGUGUACUUGGUAUAGAGACUUCAAAUUUAAUGGAACAUUCACAAUUGUCCGGUAUACAUCCUUUUAUGAGUGCUGAGAGUAUUAACUUAGAUGAAAUCUCAUUACCUGGCUCAGGAUCUGAAUCUCUUAAUUCUUACCACACCUGUGAGAGUUCAAAGAAUAGUUCAAACUCUAGAAGUAACAAAUCAACUACUGAUGUAAGCAGUAACAAUGGAUCAUCAGUAGAAGAAUCGACAGGAUUUUUGGACUCCCUGCACAAUAACUCUACAUCACCUCUAUGCAGAGGCCAAUCCUUAAAAAGGAUACCUAGUUUCAGAGCUAAAAAAAGGAAAAGAAUACUGGACUGUGAUGGUGAUACACCUACAGGAGUUAUGAGCCUUGCAGAGUCUAAGGAGAAUACCAGUGGUCUAACACAAGAAAUAAUGGCUCUGGAACUGACUCAAAAUACACCAAAGCGAAUGUCGUUGCAUCCCACUCCAGACAGACGCAAAAAUCCUAUUAAAGGUGUACUGAAAAAGAGGUGGGUUUCUCAAGACGAUAGUCAUCAUUUCAAUGUUGGAGUGAUAUUUUCAACUCCCGUAUCAAAUAAUAAAGAAGAUGUAAAAAAGAGGCAAAAGGCUACUCGUUUUAAUUUGCCAAAAGAUGAUCAACCAGCUUCAGGAACAAAAGAGAAAUCAAUUGUAUUCAGUAAACAUAUUUCUACAAGUUUAGAAAUAUUUCCAAUGAGACCAUUAAACAAGGGGGAACGCUCACCUACUGAAUUAUGCAAAACUCCUGUAGCAACUGCUCAGACACCUUACCGAACACCAAAAAGUGUCCGACGAGGUAAUCAAAUAUCCGAUCAGCGAAUUUUAGGAACUCCAGACUAUUUAGCACCAGAACUGCUUCUCAAGGAUGGCCAUGGCCCUCCCGUGGAUUGGUGGGCUCUAGGAGUUUGCCUGUACGAGUUCAUGACUGGUGUACCUCCAUUUAAUGACGAAACUCCCCAAGCUGUAUUCAAAAAUAUAUUAUCUAGAAAUAUCGAAUGGCCCGAAGCAGAUGAGGCUCUGUCAGUAGAAGCAGUAGCUGCGAUCGAGGGCCUACUUACCAUGAAGCCGAAGGAACGCCCUACCGCGGCUCAGGUUCGCUGCAUGCCGCUGUUCCAGCAUGUCGACUGGGAUAACCAACUGCGAGCCGAACCACCAUUCGUGCCCUCUCCCGAUGAUUUGCAUGAUACAGGAUAUUUCCAAGCUCGGAACAUACUACAGCAGCUGCAUGUAUCGAAUUUCGACAUUUAGUAAAUGGAAAAGUGCAUAUGUAUAAUAAUAGGCGCCUAUUUUAAUCUUAUGUUAAUAUUAUAUUUUUUAGAUUUAUUGUAAUAUAUUAAAGUUUUGAUGUAAAGACUGAUUGCGAAGUGUUCUAAUAUAAUAACUAUUAUAAGUUUUUGUUUUGUAAUUAUGUAUGUAACUAUUGUAAAUG